GCUAUGCCUGCGGCGGAUUUGGGCAUUACAGCUGGGAGUGCGCUAACCAUGCAAGGAUGAAUUCCUGCAGUGGUUCAACCCAACACCGAUGAUCACACCUUGGACUCCACAGAUGAUGACACCUUGGACUCCACCGAUGAUGACACCUUGGACUCCACCGAUGAUGACACCUUGGGCUCCACCGAUGAUGACACCUUGGACUCCUACCGUCGUUCACCGAACAGAGAGCACCGUCAUCGUUAACGAAUCCAAUCGAUAUUACCGGUCAGAUACGGUCGAAACGAGGGUAGGUUGUGGUAAGCGGACGACGCGGAGGAGGUGCAUUGCGGGGGUGUACUCGGAACCAGAGUUACUGAAAUGGAAUAAGAACAAAAAGCAGAAAGAGAAGGAAGAAGAAGCAAAGAGGGAAAAAAAAGAGAAGGCGAAGAGGAAAGAGGAAGAAGAGAAGGCGAAGAGGGAGGCAGAAUGGAAAUCGCAACUAGACAUAGUCGUAGAAGUAGUGAUAAAAACUUUGGAAAGGGUGCGAUCGAAGGUCCUAACCGAAGAGACUUGGUUUUGGGCAUUUCAUUUCACGGCAUGGAUUUGGGUUUGGAGAGUGGUGUGCCCAGCCCCUGAUAAAAAGAGAGGGAGAGGGGUUGGAAGUGGGAGAACCGGAGGAAAAAAGGCGGGAGACGGAGGCGAAAAGGCGGGAGACGGAGGGAAAAAGGCGGGAACGGAGGGGAAAAGGCGGGGACGGAGGGAAAAAGGCGGGAGACGGAGGGAAAAAGGCGGGAGACGGAGGGAAAAAGUCGGGAACGGAGGGAAAAAGGCGGGAGACGGAGGGAAAAAGGCGGGAGACGGAUGGAAAAAAGCGGGAGACGGAUGGAAAAAGGCGGGAGACGGAGGAAAGAAGGCGGGAGAUGGAGAACAGUUCGCUAUUUUGGCGCCAUUACUUCCAAGAGGAAGAGGUGAGCGGAUGGAUGAAUCUUUGAUUGCCGCGGUCAGGCCGUGCAGUUUCGAUAAGCCUCUGGAAUGCUGCCACGUGGACUGCAAGAUCGAUUCCACGUGUCCCUUGCUGGACGAGGCGGCUUUCAGCCAGUUGCUGCUCACCCUGGCGAACUCUGAAGCUUAUGAUGACACGUGUCCCCCUGAUUGGUCACAAAGAGUGAAAGAUACGGAACAAACUCUUCACCUCAGCACAUUCUAGUCCUCCUUUGAACGCCAGCCUCGAACGCUCGCCGGCGGCUGCGGGUUUCCCGAGCACAUGUCUUCUGUAUCUUCCAGUAAAUAUGGAACUAUUCA